AAGGAGACAGGGGACAGGGACGGGAGAGAGCGGUGGGUUGGGGAGAGUGGCACGGAAGCGAGGAGAAACUGGGGUACCAAGGGUCGGCAGACUUGGAAGGACUGUUGGAGGAGGUGAAAGCACUGGCCGGGCGUGAGACACGGGCUGGAAUAAACUGCAAGGAGACGGUCCCCAAGAGUGACUAGAACAGUGACUGCAGACAAGGCACAGAGAGAAGCUGGGACCCAGAGAAUCUGGAAGGGGGCUUGGGGGGCACUGGGACAGCAGGGAGGGGAGACAGGAGAGGACAGUGGGUUAAAGAAUAGGGUGAAAUGGGGAUGGGGCCAGAUAGAAGGGACUGGGGAAAACAGAGUUGCCUGGGGGUGGGGGACUUAGAAAGUGGAUGCAGGCAUGGAGUGAAGCAGGGGUCAGGAAAGGGGACUUGGGCUCUGCAGCAGCGCAGAGGUGACAUCUGGACAGAUGGACUGGACGAUUUUGAGAGAACUCAGGAAGAUGGUAUCCAACUGGUGCUCAGCCUGGCCCUUUCCUUCUAAGCAGGAGUCAGCGCUGAAGGCCCUGGGGACAGAAGGCCUCUUCCUCUUCUCUUCCUUGGACACAGACCGGGAUAUGUACAUCAGCCCUGAGGAGUUCAGGCCCAUCUCUGAGAAGCUGACAGGGUCAACUCCUACGGCCAGCUACGAGGAGGAGGAACUGCCCCCUGACCCCAGCGAGGAGACGCUCACCAUAGAAGCCCGAUUCCAGCCUCUGCUCCCGGAGUCUAUGACCAAGAGCAAAGACGGGUUCCUAGGGGUCUCCCGCCUGGCCCUGUCCGGCCUCCGCAACUGGAUGACCGCAGCCUCGCCAAGUGCCGUGUUUGCUGCCCGCCACUUCCGGCCCUUCCUUCCCCCUCGGGGUCAGGUGGAGCUGGGCGAGCCCUGGUGGAUCAUCCCCAGUGAGCUGAGUGUCUUCACUGGCUAUCUGUCCAACAACCGCUUCUACCCACCACCGCCCAAGGGCAAGGAGGUCAUCAUCCACCAGCUCCUGAGCAUGUUCCACCCGCGACCCUUCGUGAAGACCCGCUUUGCCCCUCAAGGGGCAGUCGCCUGCCUGACUGCCAUCAGCGACUUCUACUACACUGUGAUGUUCCGAAUCCACGCCGAGUUCCAGCUCAGCGAGCCACCCGACUUUCCCUUCUGGUUCUCGCCUGGCCAGUUCACCGGCCACAUCAUCCUCUCCAAAGAUGCGACCCACGUCCGUGACUUCCGGCUUUUCGUGCCCAACCACAGGUCUCUGAAUGUGGACAUGGAGUGGCUGUAUGGGGCCAGUGAGAGCAGCAACAUGGAAGUGGACAUCGGCUACAUACCCCAGAUGGAGCUGGAGGCCACAGGCCCCUCAAUACCCUCCGUGAUCCUGGACGAAGAUGGCAACAUGAUCAACAGCCGGCUGCCCUCGGGGGAGCCCCUCCAGUUUGUGUUUGAGGAAAUCAAGUGGCAGCAGGAGCUGAGCUGGGAGGAGGCCGCCCGGCGCCUGGAGGUGGCCAUGUACCCCUUCAAGAAGGUCACCUACCUGCCAUUCACCGAGGCCUUCGACCAAGCCAAGGCCAAGAACAAGCUGGUGCACUCGAUCCUGCUGUGGGGGGCCCUGGACGACCAGUCCUGCUGAGGUUCAGGGCGGACUCUCCGGGAGACUGUCCUGGAAAGUUCGCCCAUCCUCACCCUCCUCAAUGAGAGCUUCAUUAGCACCUGGUCCCUGGUGAAGGAGCUGGAGGACCUGCAAAGCAACCAGGAGAACCCAUCCCACAAGAAGCUGGCUGACCUGCACCUGGAGAAGUACAGCUUCCCCGUGGAGAUGAUGAUCUGCUUGCCCAAUGGCACUGUGGUCCACCACAUCAACGCCAACUACUUCUUGGACAUCACCUCCAUGAAGCCUGAGGACAUCGAGAACAAUGUCUUCAGCUUCUCAUCUACCUUUGAAGACCCGUCCACGGCCACCUACAUGCAGUUCCUGAAGGAGGGCCUUCGACGUGGCCUGCCCCUCCUCCAGCCCUAGCAUGCCUGCCUCACCUAGGCAGGGAGAAGCCAGGCUGAGGGGGUGCUGGAUAGAAAGGCUUCCAAUGCUGACAGACAGGCCUCUCAGCCCCAGAGCGGUCAAACAUCACACACUCCCACCCCACUACUCCCAAGUUGCCUGUGAGGUCGGAGGUCAACUAAGGGUGGCCAUCCUAGUUUUGCCUGUAUUAAGGGGUUGACAAGGAUGAGCUGACUGGAUGGGCGAACCUGUAGCUCCAGCUGCCACCAUCAGCCUUUCACUACCUACAUGGCUCCAGAAGCUGCUUGGGCCCCCCUGAAACAAAGCCUGGGGUCAUUUCCCUGGACCUCACCCUCUCAGGCACAUAGUCCAGGCCCUUGCUGGGUGAAGAAUAGGGAGGAGUGGGUGCUAGGAAAACAGUGUCACCUCUUUCUCCUUACUUUCACUCCCUCCCGAAAGGAACAUCAAGAAGCUCCAGCAUGGGUAGGGGGCAGGAGGUACGAGAGAGGUACUCUUGUUUUUCUGGAGCCUUCUUCCUGGCUCCAGCCCUGGCUGCCCUCCUCUGUCAGGUGUCCUCAGUGGGAUCAGUCUCAGCUAGAGACAGCCACCUGGAGGUUCUGGGCAGAAUCGUCCUUCGGAAGGAAAAAUCAUGUGGUCUCCCAGACCUGGCUCCCCGGACCAGUCCAUCUAACCUAACGAUAGGACACCAGAACCUGUUUUGGGACUUGCUGGAGGCCAGAUGUCCAGGACGGUUUACUGCAGAAGGCUUCUGCCCUUAGCAAGGGGGUCCCUGAGGCCUGAGGCCUAGGCCCUAGGCACUGCCAGUGCCCACCCCAGCACAGCAUCAUAGUAGGACUGCUGGAGCAAGAGCCCUGGUGUCACCUCCUGCCCCUAAGACUUGAGCUCCUCGGAUGUGUAGCCCAGCUGAAGAACACAGCCUCCCUUAGAGCCAGCGCUGUCCCGGCUGUCAUGACAGCCCAGACCAGCUUGUCCACCACUGGGUGGCCAUUGACCCUCUUUGACCACUCUUUGGGCCUUGGUCCACAUCCCAAGCCACUGACCGCAGUCAGUCUCUUUUUUAUACAUGCAGAAAAGUGUUUUUAUGUGAACUUUCUCACAGUUUGUAGGUAUUUUUGAUAACUCCAGUGUUGAGAAGGAGGAAGAGACCAUGGCUUCCUUCAGCAGCUGCCCCAUGAUGGCUAGAUCUGAAAUCCUAGAUGGAUCCAGCUUGAUGUCUUUGCAGUUGCACCUAUGGGAAGAAAUAUUCCUCUCUUCCUUCUCCUAGCUUUUUAAAAAUAGUCCUCAGAGGGUCAGUGUACUCCAACCCCAUCCUUGUCCUCUACUCAGGCCCAUAAGGGGCCCUAAGGCUUUCGUUAAGGUCUUUGGUGCCAAGCCUGCUCCCCUGCCCCUGCCCCAGAGGGACUCACUCUUAAACCUGGAUGAGGAAGGAAGGCAGACAUCUCCUCAGACACAUUCUCAGGCCCCCCAUCUGUUGAGCCCCCCUGCCUACCAUUGGAGUAUCCACCCUAAGCUUUCUCUGUCUGAGGCACUUUCUUAAGAUUACAUGUAUUUUCUCAUUUAAUCCUCACAACAAACCUGUGGGGUGGAUAUUAACUGUUCGCAUUUUACAGAUGAAGAAACUGAGUCUUGGGGAAAUGAAGUGACCUGCCCAAGUUCUCUCAGUGGUAGAGUUGAAAUUCAUCCUGAGUUGAUUGUGUGGUAUUUUGUUUUGCACUGCACCCCCAAAUCUCUCCCCUGCCUGUUUUUACUGAGAUGAAAAAGAAAGCCUUUCAAACCAAAAUGUCUCAUUCCCCUCUGAUCUCCAUCCCUAAUGAGGCAUGAGCUAGCAAGCUCAGCCAAGUUCUUCAUGUCCUUAUGGGAGGCAAUGCUUCCAUGCCCUUUAUAGAGAGAGGGGGUCCCCAAGUCUAUAUCAGUGUUUCUAGGUGUGGGUAGCAGUAAAGCACUGUUGCUGGGGCUUUCUGCAUCCUCAUCAGAUGCCUCUGCCUGACCCACAUGUGCCUCAAAGCUCAUGGUGGCCCCCAGCUGCCCUUGCCACUCCUCUGCCAUUUCCCUCACUUGUCCCUAACAUGUCCUGUAAUAAAAUUGGAGAAACUAG